AUGAAGUUGCAGAGGAAGUUCCUGGUCCUCUGGUUCCCCCAGAAAAUGUCACAAAAGGGCAAGCUCCCGGAACUGCAGAUACUCAACUCAAACAAUUUAACAGAGCAGUUUCACGGAGUACUUGAGUUCCUCAACCAUGGAUGCAGUGCUCAGUUCUACAUGAUAUGGUUUUCACCAGCAACCAAGUUUGGCAAAAGAGAAGUCAUGACCACGGACAAUCUCUUAAAAUUCAAUCCUGAAGGGUGCUUGAUGAUCCUAUCAAAAAGCAUGGAUUCAGGAAGUGGAUACAGAAUCCUGAAGCCGCUUCUCGAUCGAGGAUUCAAAGCAGGCCUUCGCAUGCGUGCGAGCGAGGCAGCAGGGGAUCGGCCGAGGCCGUCGGCUGUUUCGCGAUUUGCACGUUUAGGGCGGGGAUGGCGUGAGGAGGCAUUGCAAGGCGUAUCCAGGCGGAGCAAGGAAUCACCAGAUCUGGAACCUUCUGAACCGGAAGAGAUUUUGCAAGUCUGA